AUGGCAACGGCAGACAUGAAUGAGGCAAUCUCCCGUGUCGCUGCGAAGAAGACGGAGUGGGCAUGUUUGUCCCCCGCCCGGAAGCUUGAGAUCCUGGAUUUGCUCCUGGACAACCUAUAUGCCCACUGUGAAGAGCUUCAGGAGGCUUCUAUAAUCAAGAGGGAUGGCGAGACAGACACUGCGCCAGCGUACGACGCCCUGGAACCCCAUGAGCUCACGGCGUUGCAAAAUUCAUCCAGGUCUACCCACUGGCUCCACUCGAGCAUGCUUAUUGGAAACUGGCUGGUCAUCAUUCGCGAGUACUUUGAAGCGGUCGUUAAGACGGGGGCCCCGCCGAAGCCUGUGGCAGUACGGGAGAUGCCGACUGAAGAAGGGAAGCCGCAGCGAUUCCUUGUGAAGGUUGGUCCUCAAGGUCUACUGCACACGACUUUGGUGACUUACGGGUCCAUGGAGUUGAUGGUGGAGGGCCCCGUCGAACAGGAGAUGCUACACGAGAAACCCCCCGGAGUCUCAGCUAUUUUGGGCGCAGGCAACUUCGAUGGGCCCAUAGAUUUGCUGACUUCUCUAUUCAUAGAAAAUAGAGUUUGCGUGUACAAGGUGAGCCCAUAUAAUUCUCUUUUGCUGGAUCCUUUGAAUAAAGUUUUCGCGCCUCUGACUGAAAAUGGAUACGCUGCCUUUAUUUAUGGCGGUCCCGAUGAGGGCAAGGCUCUGCUGAACCACCCAGAGGUCGACAAAUGGUACAUGACAGGGUCAGCGGCCACUGCCUAUACUAUCCUUUGGGGCUCCCCUACACCCCCUUCCUCCCCAGCAGAGCCACUGCUCAAUAAGGAUAUGACUGUGGAACUGGGGAACUGCACGCCAUGGAUUAUCUGCCCAGGCAAAUGGUCGCAGAGGCAGCUAAAGUGGCAUGCUUCCGCGAUCGCUGCCGCUAUGAGUUUUAACGGAGCCCAUAUCUGCGCGCAUCCGCAAGUCCUCGUAACCUGCAAGAAUUGGCCUCAGAGGAAAGAGUUCUUGCAGCUGAUUCAGAUGUGCAUUAACGAGAUCAACUACGUUGGGUGUUACUACCCGGACUUUGUUGCACGGAUGGAGUCAACCAAGCGACAACUUAUGGAAUUGGGAAGGAAACCGGAGGAUUUCGAGAUUCAAGUUCAAUGCCCUCUUUCAAAAGAUACAGACAUAAAGUGUAUUAUUUUCGCCACUGACCUUCCUGAGGAUUGUUUCUUCACCCAGCAGGAAACCUUCUCUCCGUGCUGCGGUGAAGUGCAACUGGAUACGGACGGGACCAUUGAAGCGUUCCUUCCCGUUGCAGUUAAAUAUGCCAAUGAAAAAGUGCACGGUGGUCUUUCUGUCAGCGUCUCAGUGAAGCCUAUUACACCAAAAGAGGAACAGGCUGUUGAACAGGCAAUAGCGGACCUGGAAUACGGUGCUGUACAUAUCAACACGGACAGCAAGCUCAGCAUUGCAUUUCCGUCGUUAAUAUGGGGGGGUCGCCCAGGUUCUAACAUAUACAACCUGAACUCUGGAAUAGGAUUUAUUGGAAACUGCUUUGGCUUCAAGAGGCCGGUUAAGUCGGUCGUCCGCGCACCUAUUUUAAACUUUACUCACAUGAUCCUGACAGCUCCAAACAGUUCAAGUGCUAAACGAAUGGCAAAGCUAUGGCGGCGCAUUAGUCAUGCUACUUUUCAACGGAGAAGCUCGCAGAGCUGGUGGAGUUUCGCCGGUGGUUUGACGAAGAUAGCUUCUGCAUUCGCGGCCAAUUUGUAA